UGGAGUUCAUAUUUGGAGGAUUUUUCCUUGGCGGUGGAAGCAGCAGGGCAUAUCUGAAUGGCCGCAAGGUAUGCAAUUGAAUGAAGGUGGGCUGAAGUUGUUGUCGAGGAACAAUGACACAAACAUUAUUAGGGAAGUGGUCAGAGAGGGGUACAAAUAUCUCAUGUUUUACCUGGAUCAUGAGGACAACUAUGGUGGAGGAGGAUGGGAUGAUGCGGUUUCAAACCCUUUUACUCGUCAGAGAGAGGAAAAUAUCGUUGAGCCUAGCUUUGUUGUCCCAGAGGAGAAUAGAAGUGAGGUAAUGUAUACAGGUGAUAGCACUUGUGAAGGAACAAGUAGUGGCAGUAGAAGAAGCAGAAGAGCAGUCGUAGAGGAGGAAGAUGACGAAGGCUCUUGGUCAGAUAGUGAUGACUCUGAUUAUAAUCCGGAAGAGCUUGUGGACAGUGACUAUGACCUGCAGGAUGGGGAUGAGGAUUUGGUGAUGGAUGAGUCACAUGUUGCUGAUGAUGAGAAGAAGGGUAAAAGGAAAGGGAAGCAGGUAGCUGAAGAUGACAAUUCUGAAGAUGAAAAGCUUGAAAUGCCAGAGUCAGAUGACGAGGAAAUGAAGUUUAAGUUCAAUCAUUUCACAGAAGAAGAUUUGCAUGAGCCGAAGUUUCAUGUUGGGCAGGUAUUCUCGUCAAUAGAAUUGAUUAGGGCGGCAAUUAGGGAGUACAGUUGCAAGGAGAGACUUGGCAUAACAUUUGGAAAGAGGAAAGAGGAAGCGGUGGCAAAAAAGCUGGAGAAAGAGGAGAAACGGAAAGCUUUGUUGCAACAAAAACAAUUGGAUGCUGAAGAAAAAAGAAAAGCAGCCGAGGAAAGAAAGCAAAAGGCACAACAGGAAAAAGAAGCAAAAAAAAGCCCUGGCAGAUGCCAAAAGCAAGCUAUACAAGCUAAAAAGAAACAGGCCGAGGAAGAAAAAAAUAAGAGAGUUGCAGAGCGAAAAAGAAUUGCAGAGCAGAAGAGAAAACAUGUUGAAGAUGCGCAUAGAUAUGAAGAAGCGCAAUUUCUGUUAAUGCAAGAAGAGGAGCAUGAAAGGAUACAACGUAUGAGAGAAUAUCAUCGGCGAGAGGAGGAAGCAAGGCAGCAAGCCUGGGAGGGGCAGGUUGCGUCGCAGAGGUCUUCAGAGAUGCAAGGUUGGGAAGAGAAAAAUAAAGAAGCAGAAGAAAUGAGGAUGAGAAAUGAGAAGGAAAGGCAAGGAAAUGAGAGCAUUACGGGCCAGCAAAAUAAUGCCAAAAGAGGAAAUUCAAGUCAGCCCGUGGGUGGUUUUAACAUGCCAAGAAGGACAAGCAUGUUCGAUAUAUUUAGGGGCUGA